AAGAAUGACGGGACCCAGCUACCGGAGCCUGGCGCUGGCCUCCCUGCUGGGGCUGCUGCUGCUGCUCUCCGCGCCCUGCCAAGCGCAAAGCAACCAGGACUGCUGCCUGUCCUACAGCAAGGUGCGCCUGCCUCAGCGGGCCAUCAUGGGCUAUAGCGAGCAGCUCUCCAGCGAGGUCUGCGACAUCAAUGCCAUCAUUUUCCAUACCCGCCGUGGGUUGAAAGCCUGUGUAAAUCCUAAGGAACCCUGGGUAAAGAAGCAUCUUUCUUGGCUGAGCCUAAAGCUCAAGAGGAUGUCGAUGUGAUGUGGUUUCCAGCAGGGAACUAAACACAGACGUGGCCGAAGAACCACUAGGUUCAACCUCUUGGUUGAGACUGCCUCUUGUACACUGUUGUGUGCUUACUAACCACUAUCCCUGGCUUCUUUGGAACCGUAAAACUUCUCGGGUUGAUUCAUAUUGCAUCACUGUUUUGCUUGAAUUAAGCAUUUUGUUAAAGUUUCUACUUUACUAACUAAUAUAUGACAGUAGAUUACUAUCAGCAAAGAUUGCCUUAAGCUAUUGUACAGAGGAUUGCGUAUUUGUUUUGUAUGUGUGCUGUGUGUUAUUCAGCAUAUGUAAAGUGAGUUAUUUAUUCUGUUUAUUU